AUGACUCUCGCGCUUCCCGAGGAGGUGCCCAAAGAGAAGCAGCUCCAGCUGAAGAACUUGUUGGUGGCUCUACAAGAGGUGCUGCCUUGUUCCAUGUGCGCGGAACACUGGCGACGACAUAUGGAAGAGGACCCGGUGGAACCCCACCUGGCCCACCGGAGCAGCAUGGUGGAGUGGAUGAUCCGCAUGCACAACAAGGUGAAUGAGCUGAAUAAGAAGCCCAUCCAGAGUAAGGAGGAGGUGCUGGAGGAGUUUCAGUUGGCCUACGACAAGUUUGGACGCUACGGAGGGUACGAAGCGGUGCUGGGGCAGAGGUUCUCUGUAUCCUUGGCUUCUGGGGAGAUUGAGGACGCUGGUGGCCCACGUUUCGUGGCGCCCAAGGGAUUGGCGUGUGCCAACAAGGGCACCACGAACUUGGGAAGAUUCCAACGGAGUGAAGAAGAGCCACUGGAAAUCAUGGUCAAGCUGACCUGUGACGUAGAGCGCAAGUGUUUGCAGUUGCUCUUUGGACAGGGGAAGAAAAAGCUGGGCUUCAUUCCAACAGAAGUGAAGCCCGGGGAGUUCAUCCUCCGCGGUAUGUGGGUGAACGAGGAGCUCCGAGGGCGGGGUCUGGCCUCGCUCUUCUUGGCGCUGUGGCUAAAGCUAUGUCUCAUGUUGGAAGUGACACCACUCACAGACAGGAUCCACAAGCCGAUCCUCUCGUUAGUUUUGCAGAAGUUUGGUUUUGUGGCCGCCACGUCACAUUUGAAAGUGGAGGUGGCUACAUGCGAAGGCGGAGCGGAUGAGCCAAAGAUGCUACUCUGGUCCGAGUCCAAGAAGCUUUCGUCCUACUUCAGCGUGCGAGCGCGAAGAGACCAGGGCAUUCGGCUGGUUGACAGCCGGCCGGAGAAGAGCAGGACUGCUUUUGUCAAUACGACCUUUUCGAUUCCCGACAUAGGUGCCAUGGCUUCCCUCAUCGACCAGGCCCUGGCUGGAGGUGACCUGGUGCUGUACGAAAGCCAACGGGCCGUCUCCUUGUUGGAAGAUCUUCGCUCUGGGGGUUGGCCCCACUGGGCUCCCAUGCCCAAAGCCAAAGGAGUGUUGGCGCCGGCAGUGACCACCGAACCAUUGGCCGAAGAAAAAC